AUGUACGGGCAAAUUGUGAUUGGUGCGCCAGGUGCUGGCAAAUCGACCUAUUGCAGUGGUAUUUCGCAGAUUUUACGUUCCUUAAAACGCAACGUUAUCUGUGUAAAUCUCGACCCAGCAAACGACACAAUUCCAUACGAGUGUAGUGUCGAUAUUCGUGAAUUGAUUACUGUUGAAGAAGUUAUGUCUCGUUUGAAGCUUGGACCAAACGGUGCUUUAAGAUAUUGCAUGAGAACAUUGCGAGCGAAUAUAGGAUGGCUUGAGGAGAAAAUUUCAAAAUUUGAUGGCUAUUUAAUUUUCGAUUUUCCUGGUCAACUUGAAUUGUAUAAUAGUGAUGAAUGCAUUACUGAAAUUAUUUCACAGAUGCAAAGCUGGGGGCAUCGAUUUGUUGCUAUACAUCUCAGCGACAGUUUAUAUUGCUCAGAUCCUGGUAAAUUUAUCUCAGUUCUACUAAGUGCGCUAUCUGUGAUGAUCAAUUUGGAGAUUACACAAAUAAAUGUUCUAUCUAAAAUGGAUCUUAUUAAUGACGAUCUCCCAUACGGCUUGGAAUUUUUCCAAAAUAUACCUGAUGCAAGACGAAUCGCAGAAUUAUUAGAUGAAAAUGAUAUAUUAAAACGAUAUAGAAAUUUCAAUGAAUCAAUAUGCAGCAUUAUAAACGAUUAUGGUUUGGUUAGCUUCGUAUUUAUUAAUGUUAGUGACCGAAUGAGUAUGCUGAGAUUACUGGAAUUAGCUGAUAAGGCGAAUGGUUUCUCCCUUAUCGAAGCUGAUGAUCUGCGUAAUAUCUUUGUUAAAUAA